AUGGCCACUCCUUCCGACAACCUUUGGUUGGGGAAUAUCCUUCACCAUGUCUUCCUGCCUCCAAAGCUUCCAGGAAGCGACGACGAGACACAGAACCAGUGGGAAGGCUCGCUCACCCUUACCUUGACUAAUGCCCUGAGAGACUUUGGCCAUUGUGGGUGGCAAGAGUCUGACUUGGCCUCUAUUAGAUUGGCAACUCAGGCCCUUAACAAGUUCCGAAGCUUGACCUCUGUGAGCUGGAUGAUUUCAGCGCGUGAUCUCAUGGCGGUACUCAAGCAGCUCAGAAGUCAAGACUUUUUGGUCCCGCUCUACAUUGCACCCCAAAAUGCUGGCAUAAUCAUUUACUUGAGCCAGGAGCAUCUGGUUUUCGAAACUUUUGAGCUUUCUCCGGAAAAUCAUUCCAUCUUCGCCAACCAUGGCCGCCUUCGAAGAGACUUUCCGGCCGCCACGGUGUCUUUACCUCGCGAUGUGUUGGAACAAAAUGGAUUCAUCAGUUCUAUUUCCGCCUUGAUCGCAGAUAUGAGCACAAUGUCUGUACCAGAGAUGCAACCUACAAUCGUGAAGGCAAACGAGGUCCAGGUUGAGGAUCGUGACACAACCAAGCCACACAUUGUCACCCAGUUAUUGAUGGCUGCUCUACGACCCUUUGGCGAAAUGCGCAAUAGGCGCAUAAUUUGGAAGAACACACGUGAAGAAGUCAGAUAUGAGUUUGGCAACACAUUGCCCUGGAGGCGCUCGCCGUUUUGGCUGUUGAUGAGAGUCGUGCUACAGCUGACCCUCACCGACCAGUCGGCAACUCCUCCAUUUGAUGAUUCCCUGUACAAAAGAUUCAUGGUGUACUUCAUGGCCCGACUCUUGAGGCUCUCAUUGAAAGCAGGUCGUCCUAGUGAUGAUAUUUACAUUAUGAACGCCAAAAUAAGUCGCCGCCUCCGAAAGCUUGAUCUCAAACAAGCUGAACCAUGGAUGACGCCAGUGGGUGCCAUCAUACGAGAUGCUUCCGCAAAAUUAAACGAGCAGUGGCAACAUAUUGUGCGACAAGACCUCAGGCGUGUUGAGACUGCCAAUAUUUUCACCUCGUCUCUCGAACAGGAGUGCAACCUUUCACUUCCUGACCUUGACAAUUUUCUUUCCCAAAUUCAGCAGCAUACAACUAACAUGGAAAUUGACACAUUUGUUCCCUCAUCCAACAUCAUUCGUGUGUCAUCAAAUAAUAUUCCAUCGCUGCGCCAAGCUUCACCCGGACCGUAUCUGAUUUACAACCUUGCGGCAUUCGAAACUUGGGUAGCUCAGUGUUUGCCCAAUUGGAUCAAUAGCCACCUCGAUGAUCAAAGCAGCUGUGAUCAGUUAUACUCCACCAUGGAGGAGUACUUUUAUGUGGCCAACAUUGGUUACAAGACUCGACCGGAGGGCCAAUCCAUCAUGCUCCUAACAUUACUGGAGCUUUGGGUUGCUUGUGAUCGGUCAGCGGUCACUAUUUAUCCACUAUUACUAGAUUAUGAUCCUGAGGUGCCAACAGAAAUCUGCUCUUCGCUUUUGCUUCGUUUCCGAAGUCAAAUGAAACGAUUGUCUGCGAUCGAGAGACACGUCCAUGAACGACGGCGAACGGCUACCUACAGAAACACUUCAAUUUUCACCGUGUGGGGAAAGAAGGAAACAUUUGCUGCUCGUUUCUAUGACUCCUCCUCCCGUCACCAGAAACUACUGGACCGCGUCGAGUCGAGAGCUAAAGAGGAACAACAUCAAAAACGUCUCGAAUUCAGGACACUGAAAAAAAAAUACGAUAAAAUUCGUGCGGAAGCUGGCGUUAUGAGCCACAAAGAGACCAUGGUCACUGACUCCUUUGGUGACCAACGCGGGCAACAUGCUGCUUCCUGCAAGAAGUGUUCGUUAGUCAAGCAAGCUGCUGAUAUGGAGAUCCAAAUCCACGAAUGGCCUCUACCCAGUGAUCCUGUAAGCGCCAAAUCAGUUAUAUUUGAGCUCGACAUACCUUCCGGUUUUCGGCAUUGGCGCGACGCUACAUACUUCCUCCGCAAACGUGUUCUUGGACCGCUAAACAAUGCGGGCGUUUCCAAUCCAGUUUAUUCUCAACUCUUGAACGAGUACCAGGCACUUACCAGAUUUAGGUCACGGGACUCAGAACAUCGCUAUCAAAGAGUAACGCCAGCAUCGACAACCAAGCCCAAUGCUGUCACUCAUCGUUCUGGGAAGAAAAUCAGUGAGUCUCGUGAGGAUCAGAUAUGCCUCAGUAAUGGGAUGAGUUGGUCCUAUUUCGACACAGGGAAGAAGACUUUCAUCGGAAAUAUCGGCCCAGACAUCCGCAUUGCUGAGGAUUGCACAUUCUUGGUCUCCUCACCUCUGCAGACUUUCUUAUAUCGGCCAUGGGAUAGCCCGGAUGGACUAGGUCCAAACACUGUCAUUGCAAGUCAGUCGCUCUGUCCUGACCACCUCUCGUUAGAUGAGUUCAAGGCUCUUUGUUCGUUACCUAUGGGCCAUAAGAUCAUUUGGGAGAAUCUUCUCAGAGAAUUUGCCAUGCCUUCAGUUGAUUGGCGUAAGGUUGAGACUGCACUCUUCGUUCUCCAAAUAUCUCAUCAAACUGGCCCUUUCUCCUUUGAUUCCGAUUUAAGAUCAUCUCAUAUGGGACUUGAAGACGAAGUCUUAGUUGAGCAGUUGGUGAGCAAGAUGGAUCAAUCGCUUAGCAGACUAAAGGAAAACUGGGAAUCUGUUCCAGCCGUCGCGACCUUGACCAUGAUAACAGCUCGACUACUUUCACUUACAAGAGGCGCUUCCAUCCAACUUUGUCUCUCCUUUCUGUCUUCUUGCCGGGAAAUCUGUUUCAAGUGGCUACAAACCUUGCGAAAAAAGAUCACCUCAACUCGAGAUGCAACUUCACUGCAGGGUUUGACUAGACGCAUUCUCCAGGCAGCCUUAGCCUGCACGCAAUCCUACGAUAUCGACGCCGCCUAUCUGGAAAUGACGCUGGAGGAUUCUGAAGAUCUCUCAAGAUUCAUUCAGUGCUGUAUUGCGAUUCAAGAAUACUACGGCAAACCCAAAGAUAAAACAAAUCAAUCUGAAACAUCUUUCCUUGAUUGCCUCAUUUUGAGAUACCGCCGUCUUUUAUUUCGCACCAAGAGGAUCUUGAUGAGGCAAGUCACGUCUCAAGAAAACAAGGGCCUUGACUCUGCUAUUGCGAGGAUAUGGCCUUCUUACAAACGCUCACGCGGUGACCAUUGGACAGAGCAGGCGUCCUGUUGGCUCAAUACCACUACCUCAAACCAAGAGGGCACAGUGAAGGUUCAAGUUCACUACAAUGUGAUCACGGCUGAAUUACUCGUCAAAGGUCUUCCACUGGGCCGACUCCCUCCGAAUUACGAAGCCCAUAAGGAUUACACUAUUCUGUUCGGACACUCGUCAGUAGACGUAAUGCCAAGUGCCGAAGCGGGUAUGAGAUUUUCAACUCGAUGCAGCAUCCAAGGACAUCAGAUUCAUCUAUGCUAUGACUCUCAACAGGAUGAUCUUGGUGUACGCGCUUGCAAAGAAGGAGACUCGUGGGAGCUCGUCCCAUCUCGCUUAUUUGAGAAACAUUUUCCUAAACAUUUUGUUGAUGAACAUGUCCACUGGUACAAUACGGCAAAGGGAGUUGUUGAAUUUCGACCACACAGCCAGCCUUGGAUGCUAGGCGAAUCAUUUUGGACGAUGCAUAAGCAGGAAUGCUUGUGGGUACUUCAACAGUCUGAUACUUAUCUCGUUGGGCAGUUUUCGAGAACUGCAAAUCAGCUGCAUGAGGUGUUUCAGCCUCUUGAGAAGCGGUCUGGUUUGCAUAUCUUUUUCGACAAGGCAGCAGCUUCUCUUUUGAUUAAGAUUCCCAGACUUCAACUUGACUUUUAUAUGAAUGACGGGUCAGAAGAUAUAAUGUCCCGUCAAUACAGAGGGAUGCGUGUUGAUCCCCAACAAGCUAUCGGGACACUCAUUGGGCUUGCCGACAAGCUGGUUUUGGUUAAGGUUGGAGACAGCCAAAACCGGUCAGUUCUCAUUCCAGAUUGGCAACCGCAUUGCCGAAAAUCGCCCCAUAACAAUCAUGUCGUUGUCAAUUUGCCCUACUCUGCUACAAGAGUUCAAUCAUACCAACUGAAUCACCAUCUCCACUGUUUGACAGGAAAUGGAAGUCUAAAGAGCAAGUUAUUCCUUGCGGAACUCCAUGCCCUGACAUCCGGACUCAUCGAAGACCCGUUCACACUUCACACCGGUACUGAGGAGGCCUUAACAAUCUUACGAUCAGCUGGUGUCCACUCAUUCGCUUCUCUUUCUGAAGCAGAAUUGAGAAUUCUGGAGAGAAUUGCCACUUUGUCUCCAGCCCGGACCUUCUACCCCAAGCAUCUCAGAGUCAUGCAGGUGGUCAAUUGGGAUGAUCGAGGGCUAAGCCCAUUGAUACAGCAUUUAGACUUCAGCAGAAUAGUCCACGCCUUGUUUAAGCAUGCUUCAGAAACAUCCUUCCUCUACAAAGACUUUGUCAAACCUCCGGCAAUAGAUCGGCAGCACCAAGGUCUCGAGCACCGCGAAGCUAUCAGGUCGGCUUCUUUCUACAAAGCUGGAUUUGGAGCUGAGUGGCAUACGAUAGCCGAAGAUGUCCCCUACAAUAGGGCUAGGGAUAGAGAUCAAAACUCUCAGCGUGCAAUUCGGGUAUCGAAGGUAGCCGCUGCUUUCCGCGAGAGUCCUAUUCAGCUCCCAUUUCAUAUCUCGCAAGGUGCGGCCCAAAUAAUGUAUAAAAGACUCGGUGGCCAUCCAAUCUUCAAUCCAGACCAAGCUGGGCUUCAUAACUUAUCAUUUAAUGCUAAGUGGGUUGGAACCGUUUGGCCUCAUCUCCGAGAGGCCUGGGGAGGGAUACAAAAGGCUUUCGAGACAAGGAACCCCAACGACAACUUUUUACUGUUUUCAUGGAUGGUCUCGGUCGCCUAUGCGAUGGAUAUUGACGACUCUACGCUCAGCGUGUUACUCGGGCUCAUGUUCUACCCCCAGUAUCGUCUGAUGGUCUUUCCACGAAAGGGAUGCUUGAAUUUAGACGAAGGAUAUCAAGUUGAUUUAGUGUGGUUGAAGCGCUGCAUCGAAUCGCAUUAUAUCGAAUUCCAGCAUAGCACUACGCGGAACCAAGUAGCACCACGUCGUGGAGAAUCCCUGAGAACCGCGUUUGGGAGAGCAGAGUAUCUUUUCAAGAACCAGCAGAAGGAAUUUGCAAGUAGGUUGGAAAACCAUGUCCACCAACUAUGGCCUCGUGCGAUUUCAGAUCCGGCGAAUGCUGCAGCAGGUAAGACCUAUCUCGAGGUGUCAAAAGCCAUGCAUCAGAUUCGAGCGAGGCGUAAAAGUUGGCAUAACAACCUCUUGUUCUUUCAAUCACUGGAAAAAGUAUGCGUGAAUCUGCGCGGGAUCACUCUAAGCCCGACCAUUUUUGGGACCAUUGAUCGAGCGCCACCCCUACCAGCAGUGCGAAACGUUCACCGAUGUAUACGGAUCAAUGACCUUUUUGCUCUUACAAAUGCAACAGAAAUUUCCAGCCGAGAUUUUGUGGUCCAGCCACCCAAUAUCGUUAUUCAGACUAAAUCAUCCAAUGAAGAGUGUCUGGUAUCGACCUUAGGAAGCCGAAUUGCUAAUUUGGCCAAAUUACCGCAGGAAGGCCGCUACGUUGAGCAGCUGGCUGAGAGCAUUAAUCAAUUUGGCCAGAAGAAACAGCAGUUUUGUCUCACGGUCAAUGGAGACGAAUUACAUCAGGCUCUUUCUGAAUAUCACAAAGCCUGCGUGACGCAGUACAGCAAGUUGUUGGAGCAGAUAAAGAAAUCGCUGUCAUGGUCAGUCUCACACAGAGACAAUAUGUCUUCCAUGCGCAUGGCUGAAGGCACGGUAAUAUGGCCUUGCAUGUCGCCUAGGGAUCUUCUUGAUCAACUGAACAGACAGCAAUGGGAAAAUUUGUCGGAAAGCUGGAAAGCGAUUGUUGUGAAAUUUGGGUCUUGUCUGUCACAACUUCAAGGUGCCGAGAGGCUACUUCAGCUCCGUGGAAAUGAGACAGAUCUCAUCAAGGAGUUAGCGAAUCUCGGACAAAGAACCUGGGAUCCUUUUGAAUAUCCAGAUUCACUUCUACUAGAGGUAGAAGGUAAUCUGAGGAUUCGCAAGGUCCAACAAGAGAUUGCAGAAAUGAUGGAAAACCCCCCAAACAACGAUAAGAAUAACGCGGUCAUGCAAUUGAACAUGGGAGAGGGGAAGUCGUCAGUCAUUGUUCCAAUUGUCGCUGCUGCCCUUGCCAAUGGUUCCAAUCUGGUGAGGAUCAUUGUUGGCAAACCACAGUCCCGCCAGAUGUUCGAGAUGUUAGUCUCCAAGCUGGGGGGCUUGAUAGGUAGGCGUGUUUAUCACAUGCCAUUUUCGAGAAGCUUAAGGCUCAAUGUUGAGCAGGCGAACUUUUUACUGCGCUAUUACCAGGAGUGUCGACGCCAGGGGGGUGUUCUGCUUCUCCAGCCGGAAAACAUAUUAUCCUUCCAACUGAUGGUUUUGGAGGCAGCCCUCAAUGAAGAGGUGGGGUUGUCAUAUACUUUGCUUCGGAUGAAAGCAAAUUUUUUUGAUCAAUACUCAAGGGAUAUCAUUGAUGAAAGCGAUGAAAACUUUUCAGUCAAGUUCGAGUUGGUUUACACGGUUGGAUUGCAAGCCCCAGUUGACUAUGCACCGGAGAGGUGGACGAUAAUCCAGCAAAUUCUUGGCCUGGUUGUCAAGUGUGCUAUCAAGAUAUCUCGGCAACUUCACAAGUCCGUCGAAGUCUACAAGGUGACCCAAAGUAGGCGUCCGAGGAUUCGCUUCUUGGACAAGGAGGCAUCGGAUCAAGUUCUUGGUCUUGUGGUUGAUCAUAUAUGCCAAUACGGGCUUCUCCCGGGAUUCCCGGUAUCCAGACUAAGCAAGCAAUCUCGACUUAAUAUUCGAGAAUACAUUACCAACCCGACGCCAAGUCACGAAGUAGCUUCCAAUGUUGAAGGGAGCGACUUCUGGGCCAGCUCCUCUCAGAGCCUCUUGCUCAUUCGAGGAUUAUUUGCUGGGUCUAUUCUUGAUUUCGUGUUUUCGAAGAAAAGAUGGAGAGUCAACUACGGCCUUGACGCGACACGGGAGCCCAAUACUCGGCUAGCUGUUCCUUACCGUGCCAAAGACAACCCAAGUCCACGUUCUGAGUUCAGUCAGCCCGAUGUUGUCAUUUCGCUGACUUCAAUAUCUUACUACUACGGUGGUCUCACGGACGAGGAACUAUUUCUUUGUUUUGGUCACCUUCUAAAGUCUGACCAAGCAGACGCGGAGUACCAAAUUUGGGUACAAUCCAUCGAAAUGCUCCCAGAGGCGUUCAGACAGCUAGAGGGCGUCAACAUUACUGACCGGCAGCUUUGCAUCAAUCUUCUAUUUCCCUUCCUUCGAUACUCGAAAGGUGUGAUUGACUACUUUUUAUCCAAAAUUGUGUUCACCAAAGAGAUGAAGGAGUUCCCGCAUAAACUCUCGGCCUCAGGGUGGGACUUAGGCCGUAUCAAGAAACUACCUGCCACUGGAUUCAGCGGGACAAAUGACUCGCAGCAUGUGUUGCCCCUAACCGUAAAGCAACUUGAUCUACCCGGGCAAAAGCACACGAAUGCGCUUGUACUGGAUAACUUGUUGCGGCCUGAAAAUUCGGUCACCCUCUUGUCUACACAAAACAGCCAUAGCGCAGUCUGGAGCGCCAUGCAACUACUGGAAUUGACAGUGAAGAUGAACCCAGAGAUCCGCGUAAUCCUGGAUGUGGGAGCGCAGAUCAUUGACCUCUCCAAUAUAGACGUGGCCAAAGCUUGGCUUAAAUUGGUUCAAGAUGAACAAAAUAUUCAGGCGGUGGUCUUUUGCGACGAAGAAGAUGAGUUGUCUGUCUUGGACAGACAAGGCAACAUUGAACGGCUCCAAACAUCACCCUUUGCGAAGCAUCUUGAUACUUGCCUGGUGUUUCUUGACGAGGCGCAUACCCGAGGCAUUGAUCUCCGCCUGCCGCAAAACUAUCGCGCCGCUGUGACUUUAGGUGCGAAUUUGGUCAAAGACCGACUGGUACAAGCAUGUAUGAGGAUGAGGAAGCUUGGCCAAGGUCAAUCUGUCGAAUUUUAUGUACCCGAAGAAAUCGAGACGAAAGUUAGAGCAUUGAGAGCCGCCAACAACGACAGUGUUGUCGAAGAGCCAAUCUCCGUCUUGGAUGUUCUCACGUGGUCCAUCUCGGAGACUUGGAUCGAUAUUCGUCGGUCAUUUCCCAUGUGGGCAAUGCAGGGGAAGACUUUUGCACGUCAACGCGAUUAUUGGGAGUCCAUGUGUCAACCUAAUGGUCAGACACAGAUAAACAAGGAAUUAGCAGAGGAAUUUCUCGAGCAAGAGGCGCAAACCCUUGAACAGCGGUGUGGAUUGCAGCCUGAGGGGUCAACUUUCAUCAACAGCUUGGCUCACUCUCAAAACUCGAUGAUUUGGACUCGAGCUCGUUGCAAGAGGAACAAGGGAGAACUAGCACCGGAAAUUGAAGAGGAACGAGAAAAAGAGAGCGCGGAGCCAGCACAGCCUCUACGGCAUAGGGUCCACCCUGAUGUGUUGGCCUUCGUGCGCACUGGGGUGAUCAAACGCUCCAGCGCCGUGUUCAUACCAUCGUUCAAGCUGUUCAAAACUACAAGUGCCGCGACUGAGUUGCGGAUUACUCGGUGGCCAAGCGGCCUCCUGAUGACGAGAGAUUUUGCCAUGACAGUCAAGCUACCAGAUUCUCCUGAGUACUCGCACAUGGAUGAUUUUCUUCGAAGCGUCCAAUGGAUUCUCACAAGUUCUGUUUCUGGGCAGAUGGUAAUGGUGGUGAUUAGUCCCUACGAGGCAAACGAGUUGAGGGAUGAUAUUGCAAAGUCGCAGGUAGUGGUGCGCCACUUGUAUGCAGCGAGACAGAACCAGGGGAUUGCCCCGAUUGACAGUCUUGAUCUGUACCUCCUUCCUGGCAGUACACAUCGAUAUGAGAUUCCGAAGAAACUGAUCAUUGAGCUCAAUCUCUUUGCAGGACAGCUGUACUUUCGAUCAUUCCAAGAAUAUACCGAGAAGGCAGCCGAAGAGGGCGAGGAGGUUAUGUCGGAUGGGUUCAUUCGACGUGCGGUGGAUGACAAGACUUGCGACUUCACCGCAAGCCCAGUCAAGUUUCUCAAGACUAUUAUCAGCAGGAUUCGGUCCAACUGUGAGGGUAUUGAGAAGACACAUCUUGGGAAGAUUUUGGAGGGAGCUUUGCUGACGGAAGACGAUUUCCGUGGUGAGAUUUGA